AUGGGUUCGAUCGUGAUCGCCUCUAGAGGAAAAUCAGAGCAGUAUUCAGACCCCGACCACAAGCUGGUCAACGGAGAGACCAACAGACAAAAAGUAUCGAAAACGAGCAGUUCGAGUCGACUAAGCACUGAAGAAGAGCUUGUGUUGAAGCGCUUUAGAGUUCUCAUCGCCGACCUAUGCCAGCAAUUCAAAGGCGGUCACCCAGGCGGUGCCAUGGGUAUGGCCGCAAUAGGUGUUGCUUUGUGGAAAUAUGUGAUGCGAUAUGCGCCUCACACUCCAAAUUGGGUCAACAGAGACAGAUUCGUGCUAUCCAACGGGCACACUUGUCUAUUUCAGUAUAGUUUUUUACACUUGACCGGAUACCGAGCUAUGACCUUUGAACAACUCAAGUCCUACCACUCAGAUCGGGUAGAUGCUCUUUGCCCAGGGCAUCCCGAAAUUGAACAUGAAGGUAUCGAGGUCACUACUGGUCCACUGGGUCAAGGAAUCGCGAAUGCUGUGGGGCUUGCCAUGGCCUCUAAACACCUAGCAGCCAAGUUUAACAGACCAGGCUUCGAUGUCGUAUCUGACCAUGUCUGGUGCAUGGUUGGAGACGCCUGUCUCCAGGAAGGAGUCGGGCUCGAGGCCAUCUCAUUCGCCGGUCACAUGCGCUUGAACAACUUGACCGUGAUAUACGACAACAAUCAAAUCACCUGUGAUGGUGCCGUUAGUCUAACCAACACUGAAGACAUAAACACCAAGAUGAGAGCCUGUGGCUGGAAUGUCAUCGAGAUUUCAGACGGAUGUUGGGACGUUGGAGGCAUUGUGGAGGCGCUCAAGGCUUCUCGAGAUUCACCGCUGCCAACAUUCGUCAAUUGCCAUACUGUCAUUGGGGUCGACACUGCCGUGGCUGGGGAUGCCGUGGCUCAUGGUGCGGCUUUCGGACCAGAGACUGUUGCUUCUCUCAAAAGACUUUACGGUUUCGACCCAGAACAGCAUUAUGUCAUUCCAGAUGCAGUCCGAGACUUCUUCCGUGAUCUCCCAUCUCGUGGUCAGUCUUGGGUGUCUGAAUGGAAUCAACUGCUGCAACGUUAUGCCCAUGCUCACCCAGGCCUUGUAGAUGAAUAUGUCCGACGCAUGGAGGGGAACUUACCGGCUGAGUGGGAGUCGCUCAUUCCACAUGAAUUUCCUGCUCAGGCUACUCCGACGCGCGCCGCAUCUGGUCUAGUAUUCAAUCCCGUGGCGGAGAAAGUUGACCAAUUCAUCGUCGGAACGGCUGAUCUGUCUCCAUCUGUAUACAUGAGUUGGAAGAACAAAGAGGAUUUUGAGCCACCAUAUCUGGGGACAGGGAGUUACUCUGGACGCUUCGUCCAUUACGGCGUCAGGGAGCACGCAAUGGCAGCAGUUUCAAAUGGGUUAGCGGCAUAUCACCCUGGGAUGUUCAUUCCCGUGACGUCCAGCUUCUUCAUGUUCUAUCUGUAUGCAGCCCCAGCCGUCCGCAUGGGCUCACUGCAGCAUCUACAAGUAAUCCACGCAGCCACCCACGAUUCUAUCGGUAUGGGUGAGGACGGUCCUACGCAUCAACCGAUCGAGCUUGCUGCCCUUUAUCGGACAAUGCCCAAUUUCCUGUAUAUUCGGCCCGGUGAUAGCGAAGAGACAGCAGGUGCCUGGAUAGAAGCAAUCAAAGCAAGACAUAUGUCUUCUCUUAUCUCCACAUCUCGGCACGCUCUUCCGCAAUUGACCGGGUUGACGAACCGAACACAAGUAGCAAAAGGGGCAUAUGUUCUGGAAGAAGUCACCGAAACAGCGGACCUUACCUUGAUUGGCGCCGGUGCUGAGCUCAACCUCGCCGUCAACGUUGCGAUCGAACUGCGGAAGUCCCACGGGCUGAAAGUCCGCACUGUCUCCUUCCCUUGCCAGCGCCUUUUCGAUGCACAACCCAGAGAAUACCAACGCCAAGUCCUUCGAAGGCAAAGUGGUGUCCCGAUCGUGGCUAUCGAAGCCUAUGCCGCCAAUGGAUGGGAGCGCUACGCAAAUGCAGCUGUGUGCAUGAGUAAGCAACGGUUUGGCAAGUCAUUGCCAGGACCAAAAGCAUACGAGUUCUUUGGUUUUGAUGUUCCCUCUAUGGUGAGCAGGAUCAAAGGCUACCUGGAGGACCUCAAGUUCGACUCAGACCUGAGGCAUGACUUUGUAGAAUUGACAUUUGUUGGAAAAGAGACAUGA